GUCGACGCUCCGCUCGUUAUACUCAGACCUUCUCCUUCAUCGGACCCGGAGACCCCUCUUGUCUCUCUCAGCGCCCGAGCACGAAGAAGAAAUUUUUUUUUAAAAAAAAAAAUUGAAAAAACAGCACAUCGAUGGACAUUGAAAUUGUACUGGGUUGGUGAUUUUUCCGACGGUCGGUAAGGUUUAGCUGAAUUCUUGGAACUAGGGUUUUCGUCUGGGAGCUUGGAGGGGGGGCGCUCGGCGGGCCAUGGAGGACGACCAGGAGUACGACCAGCAGUACUACGGCGACGAGGAGGAUGACGAGAUCACGCAGGAGGACGCCUGGGCCGUCAUCUCGGCCUACUUCGAGGAGAAGGGGCUGGUGCGGCAGCAGCUCGAUUCCUUCGACGAGUUCAUUCAGAACACUAUGCAGGAAAUAGUUGACCAGUCGGCGGAAAUCGAGAUUCGGCCCGAGUCGCAGCACAACCCGGGUCACCAGUCCGAUUUCGCCGAGACAAUUUACAAAAUUAGAUUUGGUCAAAUAUAUUUGAGUAAGCCAAUGAUGACUGAAUCGGAUGGAGAAACCGCAACACUAUUUCCCAAAGCUGCAAGGUUGAGGAAUCUUACAUACUCGGCUCCCCUGUAUGUUGAUGUAUCUAUGAGAGUAAUAAAGAAAGGACAUGACGGGGAAGAACUCACUGAGCCACAAGACUUGGCGAAGGUCUUCAUUGGCAAGGUUCCUAUAAUGCUUCGAUCAAGUUAUUGCACAUUGUACCAGAACUCAGAAAAGGACUUGACAGAGCUAGGAGAAUGCCCAUACGACCAAGGUGGUUAUUUUAUUAUCAAUGGAAGUGAAAAGGUUUUGAUUGCUCAGGAGAAAAUGAGCACCAACCAUGUUUAUGUGUUCAAGAAAAGGCAACCAAAUAAGUAUGCCUAUGUGGCGGAGGUCCGUUCUAUGGCGGAAUCGCAGAAUAGGCCACCUAGUACAAUGUUUGUGAGGAUGCUUUCUCGGACUAGUGCCAAAGGGGGAUCUUCGGGCCAAUACAUCCGGGCCACUUUACCGUAUAUCCGAACUGAAAUCCCCAUUAUAAUUGUGUUCCGAGCUUUGGGUUUUGUCGCUGACAAGGACAUACUGGAGCACAUUUGUUAUGACUUUUCUGACACUCAAAUGAUGGAACUGCUUCGUCCUUCUCUCGAGGAAGCGUUUGUCAUUCAAAAUCAACAGGUUGCACUAGACUACAUAGGAAAAAGAGGAGCAACUGUUGGUGUAACCCGGGAAAAACGUAUAAAGUAUGCAAAGGAGAUCCUUCAAAAAGAAAUGCUUCCUCAUGUUGGUGUUGGGGAGUACUGUGAAACAAAGAAAGCCUACUAUUUUGGAUAUAUCAUUCAUCGACUUCUACUAUGUGCCCUUGGACGAAGGGCGGAAGAUGAUAGGGAUCACUAUGGCAACAAGAGGCUGGAUCUUGCAGGCCCUUUACUCGGAGGCCUUUUUAGAAUGCUCUUCAGAAAAUUAACAAGGGAUGUGAGAGCUUAUGUCCAGAAGUGUGUUGACAAUGGAAAGGAUGUCAACCUGCAAUUUGCUAUUAAGGCGAAGACCAUUACAAGUGGUCUCAAAUACUCACUUGCCACUGGAAACUGGGGGCAAGCGAAUGCUGCUGGCACAAGAGCAGGAGUGUCACAGGUGCUGAAUCGUUUGACAUAUGCCUCCACACUUUCACACUUGAGAAGACUAAAUUCUCCAAUUGGGCGCGAAGGUAAAUUGGCAAAACCAAGGCAGUUGCACAAUUCGCAAUGGGGAAUGAUGUGUCCUGCUGAAACUCCUGAAGGACAAGCUUGUGGACUGGUGAAGAAUUUGGCCCUGAUGGUUUAUAUAACAGUUGGAUCAGCAGCGUAUCCUAUACUAGAAUUUUUAGAAGAGUGGGGCACAGAAAAUUUUGAGGAAAUAUCUCCCGUGGUUAUUCCCCAAGCUACGAAGAUCUUUGUCAAUGGUUGCUGGGUGGGCAUCCAUCGGGAGCCUGAUAUGUUGGUGACAACCUUACGGCGGUUGAGGAGACGGGUUGAUGUCAACACAGAAGUUGGGGUGGUUAGAGAUAUCCGUUUAAAAGAGCUGCGGAUAUAUACUGAUUAUGGCCGGUGCAGUCGUCCACUUUUCAUUGUCGAGAAGCAAAGACUUCUAAUUAGGAAGAAGCAUAUACAUGCAUUACAGCAGAGAGAAAGCCCAGAAGAGGGUGGAUGGCACGAUUUGGUGGCUAAAGGAUUUAUAGAGUACAUUGAUACUGAGGAAGAAGAAACCACUAUGAUAUCGAUGACCAUUAAUGACCUUGUGCAAGCUAGGCUUAACCCAGAGGAGGCAUAUUCUGAAACUUAUACCCAUUGUGAGAUCCACCCUUCACUGAUCCUUGGUGUUUGUGCUUCAAUUAUACCAUUUCCUGAUCAUAAUCAGUCCCCUCGUAAUACGUAUCAAUCGGCAAUGGGCAAGCAAGCCAUGGGAAUCUAUGUGACCAAUUACCAGUUUCGAAUGGAUACCCUGGCAUAUGUGUUAUAUUACCCUCAAAAGCCCCUUGUCACCACACGGGCCAUGGAACAUCUUCACUUUAGGCAACUUCCUGCUGGCAUUAAUGCUAUUGUCGCAAUUGCCUGCUACUCUGGGUACAAUCAAGAAGAUUCUGUCAUCAUGAACCAGUCAUCAAUUGAUCGUGGUUUUUUCCGGUCUUUAUUUUUCCGUUCAUAUAGGGAUGAGGAGAAAAAGAUGGGGACACUUGUCAAGGAAGAUUUUGGGCGUCCUGAUAGAGCAAAUACGAUGGGCAUGCGGCAUGGUUCAUAUGAUAAGCUGGAUGAUGAUGGUCUUGCUCCUCCCGGUACAAGGGUCUCGGGUGAGGAUGUAAUUAUUGGAAAGACAACUCCAAUUGCACAAGACGAAGCUCAGGGACAAGCUUCCCGUUAUACAAGGCGAGAUCACAGCAUAAGCUUGCGCCACAGCGAGACAGGGAUAGUCGAUCAAGUCCUGCUGACAACAAAUGCUGAUGGAUUGAGGUUCGUCAAAGUGAGAGUGAGAUCAGUAAGGAUACCUCAAAUUGGAGAUAAAUUUAGCAGUAGGCAUGGGCAGAAAGGAACAGUCGGCAUGACCUACACUCAAGAAGACAUGCCAUGGACAGUUGAAGGCAUAACUCCUGAUAUUAUUGUGAACCCCCAUGCUAUACCUUCUCGAAUGACGAUCGGCCAGCUUAUUGAGUGUAUCAUGGGGAAGGUUGCUGCACACAUGGGGAAGGAGGGAGAUGCAACUCCUUUUACAGAUGUCACUGUGGAUAACAUCAGCAAGGCUCUUCACAAGUGUGGGUACCAAAUGCGUGGAUUUGAGACCAUGUACAAUGGCCACACAGGACGGAGACUCAGUGCUAUGAUAUUCCUGGGGCCUACCUAUUACCAGAGACUGAAACACAUGGUCGAUGACAAGAUCCAUUCCCGUGGACGUGGGCCUGUGCAGAUCCUCACAAGGCAGCCUGCAGAGGGACGGUCCCGUGAUGGUGGGCUUCGGUUUGGUGAGAUGGAGAGAGACUGCAUGAUUGCACAUGGUGCUGCCCACUUUCUCAAGGAGAGGUUGUUUGAUCAGAGUGAUGCCUACAGAGUUCAUGUUUGUGAGCGUUGUGGGUUGAUAGCUAUUGCAAACCUUAAGAAGAACUCGUUCGAGUGCAGAGGUUGCAAGAAUAAGACCGACAUUGUUCAGGUUCACAUUCCUUAUGCCUGCAAGUUGUUAUUCCAAGAGCUAAUGGCCAUGGCAAUAGCCCCAAGAAUGCUCACAAAAGACAUCAAACCCGUGAAAGAUCAAAAGAAGAGAGGGGCCUGAGGUAAAUAUACUCAGCGAGCAUUCUUCAAGAUUUGAUGAUGGACUCAUGCAAGUCAUUUUCUGAAGGUCACUGCAGGAGCUGGGAGAAGUAAAAAUUGAAAGGGCCCUCAUCUGGCACUUUUAUUUUUCUUUUCUAUCUUGUAAUUCACAAGAAGUGGCUCCUGCAAAGGGGGACGAGACUGGCCGCAGCACGUGGAGCCUUUAUCGCUUCGAUGAAUAGUAUCUGCGAUGGCUGAAGAGUAAAACCAUGGGGAGCCAUAUUUUUCGUGCACUGCUAGUUCGAUGACUCCGAGGAUUUGUGCAGAAGGAGCCUUUGUGGUUUUCCGAAUAUUUUCUGAGGGGGAGAUUGACGGGCAAAUAGUUGUAAUUGGUUCUUUGCCUGUAAUAGCCUAUGAUGUAAUGUAACUAUGGUUUUUGGGACUUUAACUGCAAAUGUAAACGGUCUCUUUUUGUAGCUGAUGAUCAGGGAAAUGGAUUUUCUAUAUUUGUACACGUGCGUGUGAAAUUAGAACUCGAUGUUACUUGCA